GUACUCCGGGUACCUGGAACACUGCGAUGAGCCCUUCUGCACGAACUGCUACAGCAGGUCUCCUAGGCUGAUGAAACUUGGAAAAGAGAUCACACUGCUGGGCCUGGAAGUUGCCCUGCUGACAAUGAAGAAGGGAGAGGUGGCAAGAUUUGUCUUCACACCAGAUUAUGCCUAUGGGCGGCAGGGCUGUCCUCCUCUCAUUCCCCCAAAUGCUACAGUGAUGUUUGAAGUGGAGGUGCUGGACUUCCUAGACUCAGAAGAAUCUGACGCAUUCUUUGAGUUGACUCCUGCGCAACAGGACACAUUUCCACUACAAAAGGUGUUGAAAGUGGCAGACACGGAGAGAGAGUUUGGCAACUACCUGUACCGUAAGCAGCACUUCGAGAGUGCCAAAGACAGAUACAAAAGGGCGUUCUCCAUCCUCAGUCGCAGCCCUUCCAGUGAGGAGGAGCGGUGUCAGAUUGAUGCUUCCAAGUUGCUGGUGCUCCUCAAUCUCUCACUCACUUACCUGAAACUGGAACGUCCUGCCCGAGCUUUGGCGUAUGGGGAGAAGGCCUUGGAGAUCGACCAGAGAAAUGCCAAAGCACUGUUCAGGUGUGGCCAGGCUUGUCUCCGCAUGACAGAAUAUGAAAAAGCACGGGAUUUCCUGGUCAGAGCUCAGCACUUACAGCCGUUUAACCAUGAUAUUAACAAUGAGCUGAAAAAGUUGGCAAGCAGCUACAGGGACUACAUGGAAAAGGAGAAAGAAAGGUGUUGCCGAAUGUUUGCCCGUCUCAACUCUUCCGGCUAACCAGAAAUAAAGGACCUCGCCAGCUGACAAAAGGAGCGGAUCUUGGACAGGAGGGAGACCCACCUCUGGGCACACGGAGAUCUCGGCAUGUUUUGGGAAAAGGGGCAAGAGCACUGUCUGGUUUUGAGAGCGUGAAGUGGAAGUUCUGUGGUUAUACACAACCUGAUUUUCUUGAAGUUGGUUUUGUUUGCCAUUUUGUGAGGCUGUUUCCAGAAAAACCAAAUCCUGCUGUAGGAGAGGAACGUAUUCCCUCUCUUUUCCCCUGCCUACACUUUUAAAACAACAACAAAAAAACCCUUUCUUGACACCCUUCCUCUUGCAGAUUCUGGGCUGCUUUUAGGGAAUCUGUAAGUGGCAGCAGGACACUGUGAAGUUUUGUAUUGUUUAUACAGGUUGUUCUUUAAAAAAAUUAUGCUUGAUAUUUUUGUUCUGAGAAAAUAAACCAACCUGAGAACUA